AUGUUUCUUUACAGGGCCCUUCUGGCUGCAGGCAUUGCUGUCGCCUCCUCACAGUGCCGCUCACUACGCGACUUUGCCCUCGACAAGAUCCUACAGGAUAGCACGCAGCUCUUUGGCGACUAUGAAUCGGCACUCUCCUCCAAAGGCGGCACAUCGGAAUGGAUGAAGCAGAUAUCUGAUAGUACGCCCCUGGUGCAUAUGAACAUUCCCGGCACGCACGACAGCGGGACGUGGAACUUUACCCUGCCGCUUAUGAAGGACAUUUACGUGGACAACAACAUUACCGAUCCGCAGGACUUUCAGUGCCAGCAAAAGUCUCUAGCAGAUAUGCUUAACUCAGGGAUUCGAUUCUUUGACUUGCGUCCAGCUCUCGACCCUACUCGCACAUAUCUCACUAUAUGGCAUGGCGCUGUUGAGGCGUCACAGCUGGCGUCUAUAGAAGACCUCAUGUUUGCCUUUUAUGCAUGGCUGGAUCACCAUCCAUCAGAGACACUGUUGCUGUCAUUUCAGUAUCAGGGCGGCACUAUUCCGGGUGCAUCACACAAUAAGCAGUUUGAGCAGCUCAUGUUUGACAUGCUGACAUCUCCGGCCGCCAAGAAAUAUAUCUGGCAGGAAUCGGGCCGGCUUGGCACGCUUGGCGAAGUUCGCGGCAAGAUUGUGCUCAUGAAGCGAUUCGAUAUUGAGUUUUUGGCGGCAUCGCAAGAUAUUGAGAUCCCAGGUCUUCAUCUGUCACCUAGCCGAUGGACAGACAACGGGGCCAACAUUACUCUCAUCUACAACGACACCACUGGCGCGACGGCGUACAUCGAGGACAACUAUGAAGUGGGAGACCCAGCAACCAACGUCACGGCCGCCGACAACAUUGAUAUCAAAGUCAAGGCGUCUGUAUCUCACCUGAACUUUGCUACUAAUGGAAAUGCCCCCGAUGAUUUGUUCAUUACCUUUUUGUCUUCGGAGCACUUGUUCAAUGAUCCUAGUAUGACACCACGAGCAAUGGCACUUGGGAUUGGCAAUGGCAGCACUCCCAAAGGCGGCGUAAACCAGCAAGUCAAUGAAUACUUGGAAACGAAAAAGGGCAAGAGGCUGGGAAUCGUUGUGGCUGACUUUUUCGACGAGCCGUCUAAUCUUAUCGAGAACAUUUUGAGCAAGUAG